CGGGCUGCGGAGCCGGAAGUCCUGCGGACCCGCUUCCGGCGUGGCGCGUGGGCUGCUGCGCUGUCGUUGGAGCAGUGACGAAACCCACUUCUUUCAAAGGGUGUUCUGCGGGGGAAAAAGAAGGAUACGGUCUCCAUUUUGGUUCCAUCUUGUCCAGCUCUGGUUUCCUUUUUGCUGCCAGCAUGGCAACAAUGUUGCGUAGAACUGUAUGGUCUGGUAUUCUCUGGAUGCAAUCAUUGGCAGCUUGUAAACAGACCUCAGUAAUGAAUGGCGCUGUAAUUCAUCGCUGCCAUAAAUCUGCUUACUCAGUUCUUCCUGAUGACUACAAUUGCAAAGUGGAACUUGCAGUGACGUCAGACUUGAAGACAAUUGUCUGCUACCACCCGUCACUUGAGAUUCCAUAUGAGCAUACAAAACCUAUACCACGGCCAGAUCCAGUGAAUAAUAAAGAAGAAACCCAUGAUCAAGUAUUGAAAUCCAGGCUGGAUGAAAAGGAGCUACAGAACAAGAAAGGUCCUACAAUUGAAGAGCUCAGCAAAAUGUUUUACACAACAAAACAUCGCUGGUAUCCAGUGGGACAGUAUCACAGAAGACGCAAGAAUCCUAAUCCUCCUAAAGACAGAUAAUUAAGAUAAUUUCUUGUUCAUCAGCACUUUGUUAUUGAUCUGUAUUGGAAAUUAAAAAAAAUAUAUAAAAUGGGAUUUUUUUAAUCAACUCCACAUGAGUGUUUUGAGUGAAACAUGCUUAUCUAAAGAAACUUGAUUGCAAUUUCUUUUUCUACUUCAACUAGUUAACACUAGAAAAACAGCAGAACUGCACAAAUAAAAUAAGGAUUCAGUGAGAGUAUUGUACAUAUGGGGUCAGUGAAUAUACUAGUCUUCAAAAUGCAUGUAGCAGGUGAUACAGUGUUCCAAUUAAAUUGGGUCAGAGACUUAUCAGUAGUAAAGUUGAAUGCAUAAAAGUAGUAUGUCAAAAUCUCAGAUACACAACUGGACACUUUGUGGGUGUUUUUAGAAGUCCAAUAACUUCUAACAAGGCAUAAGAAUUCAUCUCUCUAAAUAAUCCAGCAUACUAAAUAGCUGGAAUACUUGUGUGUGUGUGUUAAUCCAGCUAUUACUUGAUAAGGGUGCUAUGCUCACAUAUAAAUUGCGUAGCUGUAGCUUAGGGGAGGAAGUGUUCUUUGCCUUAGCUAGGUAGUCAGUGAAGGCUCCCAGUUCUUUCUAGUUUAUAAAGGACCAAUUCUCCCCCUUUGUCCCAUUUCUCCCCAAUUCUCAAAUGCUUUAAAUUCUGUAAGCGUGGUUAGAUUCUACUUAGAGCACUGUGCCUUUGCAGAGAUCCCACUGACUUCACUGAGUCUUGUUAGCAAAUCACAUUAAAUAAUCAGGAAGAACUUUAGCCUAUAUAUCUGCUGUUCAUUUUGACUGUAUUUCCCUUCCAAAGUGGCUUGGAUAAACUAAUAAAGUGUGAAUGGGGGUUAUUUUGUUUGGUUUAGUUGUUUAAUUUUGUUAUUCUGAUGUUAUUUUGACACCAUGUUAUCUGUAAGUUUUACCUUAAGUUCAGUACCAAAUAAAGUCUCUACUCUUGGUCACUGUUAACAUAAAGAA